AUGGAAACUACGCACGGCAGUAACGGGCCAGGUGUAAGUGAAAUUGAUGACAGCUUCGACGCAAAGUUCCAUUACGAAAGGGACGAACGACUCGAUGUAAAACCCAUCAUCAAGUGCAACAGUGAGUGCUCCGAGUCUGUCGAUGAGCGAGGGUUACUUGAGGCAAGCUUGAGUUAUGCCGAAAAGCCUCAAAAAGUUGCGCGCAAACGCACAAAAUGUAGUAAUAGCGUCAAAUCUGGCGAGAAAUUACGCGUAGGAUGUCCUUUCUACAAGAAAGACCCUAAGAAGCACCAGAAGGGGUCGUGCCGUGGAGUUGGAUAUGCAGAAAUGGGGAAACUCAAGGACCACCUCAAAGACGUUCACCAGCUUCCUAAAAGCAUUUAUAAGCACAAAUUAAAUUUCAAGGAACGCAAGUUCACUAGUCUUAGAGGAAUAGAUCGUAAAUGGAAGCUGGUCUUCCAGAUUUUAUUUCCUGAAGUACAUCAUGAUAAGAUUCCUUCACCCUAUUCAAACGAAGAUAUUAUUAUAACAGCGCCAUUAAGCAACGACCUCGAAGUGCUGCGCGACAAUCUCAGGAAUAUAUUGUUAGCUCGUUUUAGGGUCGACAUCUUGUGCGAAAUACCUGAUCUAGAGAUCGAGUUUGAUGUAUUGUUUAGUCAAGCUGUCAAAGUCUGGAGAAAUGGCGCAGUCAUUGCAUCGACAAAGCCGUGCGGAUAUACUGCGGAAAAGGUGGAUAUUGUUGCUGGAAUGGUCGACACGAUUACAACAAAGCACUACGAUACUCCACCCCUGCUAGAACCAACACAAGCUUCUCCUCAACUAAGCAAAGGGUGUAUCCAAGACUUUAGUGGCUUACCAACGGCCCCUGAACUCAAGACUGAAGACCUCUACACACCAUUUCCGUAUCUGAGAGAGCAUAUUCAUUGGGACCCGCAAGAUGAUGUUGACACUAAGCCAGCUGUCGACGGACUCUCAAACGACUGCAAAAUCGAUCCCUGCUCGCCAUAUUUCGCCACACCUCCUGUUCUGUCAAACGAGCAGCAUUUAUCGAAGGCAGCUAAGGUGGACAUGCCGGGAUCAUCUUUACAGGUGCUGGAUGCGAAUUACAGGAUGUUAUGCGGCUUCGACUUGAACAUUCCAUUCGAUUAUAGCGUUCCGUACGUUUUUGGCCAAAACUACCCAUUGGCUUUAGAUUCGCAUCUUGCCUUGGACCACAAUGCUGAGCUCACCACGCUAGGAGCAUACUUGCCUCCUACUCCGUCUUUGACAGCUGUCAACAACCCAUUUAUGGGCUCUGAUAAUUCAUUAGAACAAACUUCCGCCCGCUUCUCUGCUCUCAAUGCACCAGGAGAAGCAUCGCUCCCUAGCAUCUGCAUGCAAGAAAACGAAGAGGGGGUCAACAUCGACGAGUGGCUAAAUCUGGAAACUUGUACUCCCUGCAGCGAGUGGUCGGAGCAGCAGAGGCAGGCUUUGGAUGAGGAAAUGGACAGGCAGUUCGAGCUUCUUUAGUGGAUAAGAACAGUCGUCGGAUCAGGGUGGC